CAUGCACACGCACCGGCGUGAAAUCCAACUACUCAACUCGAAAGCUAGCGGUAGAAUCAACCCAAGCCACCCUUUCAUACACAAAGCAAUUAUUGGGGGACAUAACAGGCAUGGGGUGCCGGAGCCUGCAGCGUACCUACGCAGUUUUCAAAGUGGACCGAGCUUGAAGCCAUUCCUUGUAUUUAAAGGUAUCCGGAUAUCCAGUGACCCAGUGUAGACCGUUCUACGGACAUUUCCUUGCUGUUUCUCGAGUGAUAUUUUGUUUUUGGCACAAUGGGGUGCUGCAGCGGCCGAUGCACGCUCAUCUUUCUCUGCUCGAUUCAGCUGAUGGUGGCGUUGGAGAGGCAGGUUUUUGACUUCCUGGGAUACCAAUGGGCGCCCAUUCUGGCCAACUUCUUCCACAUCAUCAUUGUCAUCCUCGGCUUCUUCGGCACUAUACAGUACCGACCACGCUACAUUGUAGUGUACACAGUGUGGACAGCUCUCUGGGUGGCCUGGAAUCUCUUCAUCGUCUGUUUCUACCUGGAUGUGGGAGGCCUGACCAAGGAAAGUGACCUGCUGACGUUUGACAUCUCGGCUCACCACUCGUGGUGGAGGGAGCACGGUCCAGGGUGUGUGAGGAGAGAGAUGACCCAGCCAGGGGUGGGCACAGUGGACAGCCAGUCUUACAUCUCUGUCAUGGGCUGUCUCAUAGAGUACCAGUACAUAGAGGUCCUACACAGUGCAACACAGAUCCUCAUCGCUCUCCUGGGCUUCGUGUACGCCUGCUACGUCAUUAGUGCCAUCACUGAGGAGGAAGACAGCUUUGAUUUUGUUGGUGGAUUCGACCCCUUCCCUCUCCACCAUGUCAAUGAGAAACCAUCCCAUCUCCUCUUAAAGCCCAUGUACCUGUCUACGUAAAUAGGGCAGAAGGCAACAUUGCAGGUUCCGAUGGAAACAAAGUGGCCGCUCUGACUGACACAACAACCGUCCGAGAAUUCACUGGGGCAGGCCAGACAUUCCUCUGGUUCUCUACAUCUCUUCAGUCCUUCAAACAUGUAAAUUACUGGUUCUCUGCUUAAUGAUGACUGUACCUCCCAGUUCUGUUGUUAGUGGGAGGGAAGGAGAGGAUAUGGUUGGGGGAUGGGGAGGGGGUAAUUACAGUGUAACAUGGGCCUGAUCUCUUACUGUGUACUCAAAUAUAAAUAAUUUAUCUAGAACUACAAACGGCAUCCGACAUAGACGUACAGUACCAGCUGUCAAUUGCUGUAUUUCUGUCCAUUGUUCUAGCAGGACUAGUGAUCUAUCUAUAGAUCAUAGCUAUAUAUACAGUACCAAUCAAAAGUUUGGACACACCUACUCAUUCAAGGGGUUUUCUUUAUGACUAUUUUCUACAUUGCAGCAUAAAAGUGAAAACAUUGACGCUUUGAAAUAA